UUCUACGUCAAGGAACAACAACACAUCAUCAACAUCAUUCAUCCAGAUCCAGUCAAUUACCCUUUGCAUUGAUAAUCAAACAUUGAUAAUCAAACUUUGACUAUCAAGUUCUGUCGAGGAGAAAAGAGUGUAUAUUUGGCACAAUGUUUGGAUUCAACUCAUUUGCCUCAUUUCCUAACCAGUUCAAGACACAAUACAGAUGUUUUUCUGUAUCUAUGCUGUCAGGGACAUACAGAGAAGAUGUAGAAAGAGGAGGAAAAAUUAUAAUGCCACCAUCUGCCCUUGACACUUUGUCACGGCUUCACAUUGAAUACCCAAUGCUAUUCAAGCUCACAAACAAGAAAGCAAACAGGACAACACAUUGUGGAGUCUUAGAGUUUGUAGCAGACGAAGGCAAAGUAUAUCUCCCAUACUGGAUGAUGCAGAACUUAUUACUUGAUCAGGGUGAUUUAUUAAACAUCCAAGUAGAAGCCAAUGGUUUGUCUGUGGCAACGUAUUCAAAAUUUCAACCUCAGUCAGUUGACUUCCUUGAUAUAUCAAAUCCCAAGGCGGUUCUUGAGAACAUCUUACGAGGAUUUGCUUGUCUGACCAAAGGUGAUAUGGUGGCUAUCAAAUAUAAUGAUAAGAUCUAUGAGCUAGAAGUUCUUGAAACUAAGCCCAGUGAUGCUGUAUCAAUCAUUGAAUGUGAUAUGAGUGUUGAGUUUGCACAACCGGUUGAUUAUGUUGAACCUCAAAUACCAAAAGCAAGGGAACACCAACAAGAGGAAAUGCAAGUAGACAACACAGAUUAUUCACAGUACAUUGAUGCAAGCAAAUUCAGGGCAUUCCAAGGAGAAGGUCACAGGUUAGAUGGCAAGAAGAAGAAUGUAGAAUACAAACCUGUCAUUCCUCCUGAAGAUAUCCCACAGAGAGGCAUCCCAAACUAUGAUUACAAGAAAGGCACUUUGACGUUCAUCAGGAGAAUACGACCUUCUGCAGCUAGCAAUGGGGUAGGCACGGAUGAACCAGACUCAUUUGAAGCUUUCAAGGGAGAUGGGAAGAAGCUACGCACAAAAACAAGAACAAAAUAGAGACUAAACAUCAUACCAUAGUUGUGUAUAUUUAACAUUUUGCCAUGUGGUGUAUCAGAAUGAGACAAACAGUGGUGAUCUGGGGCCCGUCUUGCAAAGAGUUGCGAUUGAUCCGCAACUAUUGACGGCCAGCAACGUCAGAAUCUAUUGUUUUUUUCAAAAUAUUUUCUAGCUAUGAUGUAUAUUCAUGCAUUUAUUGUUUUCUUGAAAAUUCAGUGUGCUUCUCUUUGGUUACAAAGGACAUUGUGCAAAUUUCCUGUAGAAAAAAAUAUGACCCUGGUGGAUUUCCACAGUUACGAUUUAUUGGAUUAAUCGUAACUCUUUGUAAGACAGGCCCCUGGUAUCAUGCAUGUAUCAUACUGUAAACAAAACAAUUGACCAGAGAUCUGCGCCCCAUAACACAAAGGUUAAGCGAUUGAUCGCUCAUUUGAAAGAACAAUUCUGAUUGGUUCCUUGUCAGACUACUGAGCAAAAUGCACAUGCAACAAUGAUCCUGAUAGGCCAUUUCAUUUUGCGAUUAAUCGCUAACCUUUGUUUUACAGGGCCCUGGACCCUGUAUCACAGAGAUGUAAUUGAUUGUUAUUUCACAUGGUCUUGAUAUAACAAGGGGAAACCUCUAGCCUAGGUUCUUCACUUUCAAAUGUCAUGUAAUAGAAUCCUUAUGUUACAAUGUCAUAUGAAUGGUUCCUAUUCCCACUGAAAUAACAAUUUGACCAUACAGCCAGACUAGGCAGCCCUCUUCUGUGUUCUUUGAAUCUUUGUCGCCUUCAAUUAAAAAUUCACCCGUUCUUUAAAAUUGCAGAUUUUGUGUGUCCCAAGAACUAUCCUCAUAUAAAUAUUUCAAAUGUAUAUUGUCUGUGAGUCCAGGGGGCCGUUUCAUAAGGCUGUUUGUAAGUUACGAGUGACUUUGACAACGACUGGUGAUCCUUUCUUGUGGUAAAUGAUAUUCACCAUUAAAUGUUCAUUGGUUAUUAUUUAGCAUGUAAGAAAUGUUCACAAACAGCUUUAUGAUACACCCACCGGGCCAUGUAACAUAAAGGGAUGCAAUUCAAAUUUGCAAUUGAUAGUAACCUUUUGUACACAGUUGACCACAGACUUAUGGUUAUUCUUAAAUGAACAAUUGAUUGUAUUUUUUAUGUUACAAGGUCAUACCCUGCUGGUCCACUUAGGAUCAAACUUAUAUUGUGCAUCAACAUUUUUUUCUUUGGGAUUUGUUUUAAUCUCACUGACCAUGAUUUCAUAAGAUCAUCAUGCAUCAAUGCCCUUUAAUGCUCCUGAAGAUGAUCAUGUCAUGUUCAGCCAGUGCUCGGUCUUAUGACUGAUUUUCAAACAGGAAUUUUUUUUUUUUCACUUCCAUACAGUAUAUAAAUCUGACCCAUUAUACACAAGAUCUUCCUCAUGAUUCAUUUCCGUAUAUGAAAACGUAUAAUGUUCUUCAAUAAUCAUGGCUGGAGUGUUUGUGAAGUGAAAUAGAGAAAGAGCGGCAAGUUUGGGUCAGACAUACAAUAGAUUGAUUAUUUUAUAGAAUUGUCCUUUCCAUUUCAUUAUCCAUUUGAAUAUUAGUACCAUGUUUUGUUAAAAUAUUAUUGUAAGUGAUUCUGUAAGAAACAGUCAACAGAUGAAUCAGCAGAUAUAUAACUUUACAUUUUGCUAUUUAUUAAAACAAAUCUUAUUCUAUCUGACUAAAAGGUAAAAUAUUGCUAACCAGCAAAAGCAUCCUCAUUUCUCACUUAUGGCUGUUUGUACCAGACUGUAUUAUACUUGUCAUCCAUGGACUUUAUUUUUGUGAAGGAUAUAUGUGGGGGGGGGGGGGAGCGGUCAUAUAAUGAUAAUGAAAAGAAACAGAAAUUCUUAUUUAUUUUUGGCUUACUCAUUGUGAACUCCUGCAUGGGCAUGGCUUAUAUACAGAAUUAUUUCAUCUAUUUAUUUAUUUAGUUAAUAGUAUACUGCUUCUUUAUUGAUAAGUGUAUUUUUAUUUCUAUAAUAUAAAAUUCCGGUACAAUUGUAGUAGGCUUCCGGGGGGGGGGGGGGGGUGUUUCAGCAACAAUUGCUUCAACAGAAAAUGUGCACAUUGAGCCAAAAUCUAACUAACCGAACUUCAAACCUAACCCUAAGUCUAAUAUGAAUUCUUUAUAAAACAUCUGUAUAGAAAUUAAUUCAUGAACAAUUUUUAUAAGGGCGUAGGCAAUUAAAUGGCAGGGAACAUAUUUACGAUAAGUUAUUUAAAUAAACUAUCCAAUCACAUUUAUUUUUCAUAACCCUGUUACGUUAUGUCAAGCCAACAUUUCUGUAUUGCACAAGAUAUUGUCCCUGAUUUCCCUGUCAUGAGUCAAUGACAGCAUGGUCCCCCCCCCCUCCCCACUUUCAAAACUUUUCUACAGCCCCUGAUGAUAUAGAUAAUUGAGAAUCCAUUCAUAUUACACUUAGUAUUGUCAAAUUAACAGGUCUUAACAUCUUAGUCUUUAAAGCAAUAUACUUCACCAUAUUCAAAGAAGAUUUAUAAACGGUGCAGAUAUGAUUUCUGCCAUGUUAAUGUAUUUGUUUUGUAGAAUACAUGUAAAUGUUUAUGAUAAUUAUAUAUGAAAAUAGAAUUAA